AUGUUGAGUCCUGAAUAAAUUUACUCGAUUGUUUAUAAAACAGAUUCUGGAAUUGAUGGAUAUGCGAUCCCUAGAUUUUAUCAUGACCCAGCUGAAAUGAUGAGAAAUCGUGAUUUGUUAAAACAGAUAGAAAAAAAAUAAGCUCACAAGAAACAUGAAACAAAAAGAGGUAGCUAUUUAGAUGAUUAUACGAAAAUGUAUAAAAGCUAUCCAAGUCCUUUAUAAUAUUAAUCAUACUCUAUUCAAAAGAUUCCAGAGAAGAAAGUUAAAUAUCCCAAUCGAUUGACUUUAUUUGAAUAAUUACAAAAGGAAUAAAAAAGAGCGAAUAAUCCUCCUGUUGGAACUUAUAACGUUGGAAAAACACAGGAGUAAAUAGAAAAAGAACUCAAAGUACUAAAAACCAGAAAAGUCAAAGCACUAUAAAGACCUGAUACUUAUGAGGAUGCGAUGGCUCACAGCAUUAUGGUUCCCGGUCCUGGAAAUUACAAUCCACAUUCAUUCCUACCAAAAAUCAAAGUAAAUAAUACAAAACCUGAAGAUUGGAGAAAAAAGCAUAACACUGAAAAAAAUAAGAGUCUACCUCAACUUCCUCCUGUUGGUACUUACACCCCUAUUGUAAGCGAUUCUUUUGCAAAGAUUCAAACCUCUGCUCCUGCUAAACGAGCCUAUUGGGGAGGUGAGAAACGAUUCAAAGGACUUUUUGGAAGUUCUUCUAUUGGUCCAGGUCCUGGAACUUAUGCAUAACUAAGCAAAUUAUUAGUAAAAGGAGUUGAAAAAUCGAUUUACCAAGAUUGA